AGCGAGUACUGCUGAAUUUAAUGAAACAUCCUUCCAGUCCAAUAUUGAAUCCCUGAGAAACGAUUUGAUUUAAAAUCCGCGUUCCUUUUCACCGUGAUGCCCUCGGAAGGGUUGAUUCGUGUUUGAGGAGGAUUAGAAAUGUAAGUAGUUGAAACAACCGUGACAUGUACUUAACUUUUCAAUCAAAAUGGGCUCGCAGGUGAAAUUGACAUGCUUCACACAUUUAAGAACCUUUCGUCCAAUCAGAUAACGCCUAACUACGCCUCAUGCUGAUUUCGCCAAUCACGUUUCACAAAGCAGGCAUCUGUUCUGGGUUUGUUCAGUUUUCUCUUGUCUCCCUUGCUCAUCUAAACAGGCAAAUAGUGCGGUUUAUGCAUUGAGCUGACGGAAAGAGCAUUUUCUCGACCGGGGCUAAACACUUGUUGGCCAGCCGACGAUGAUUUAGCGUUGAUUUACGGGAUUUUUUCCUUCUCGUCAAAAGUGGUCCGUUCUAUUUGUAAACGCGUGCAUGUCGCUCUGAAAUCGGCUGAUUUGACUCUGCAAAUAUCCGUUCAUCUCAAAUUAAAUGGUUAAAUGGUCGUCUUGUUGUAGAGGUAAGCUGCUUUGUCUUAGUUUACUCCCAUUUUCUUGGCCAGACGUGUUUCUCUAAGUUUAUCGCUUUUGCCGCGUGCUCACUCUGGCGUAGACAAGAUUUUCAUCUCGACAAGGACGUUUCAACGGUUGAAGUGUAAUCGUUCUUGAGACAAUAAUCGUCCACAUCUCUCAUGUUAAUAAUAUAUUAUAUUUACAACACAUGUGAAAACAGAACAGCGUCAUUAUAUGCGAAUUUUCUCCCUGAAUUUAGAAAGCUUUCGUUCCGGGGCACCGUUAACAGUAAGUUUCUGUGGGAGGAUUAGGUCGCUUGUUUGUUCAUGUUUUUGUAGAGUUUUUCAAACACGAUACAAGGGAAAAUAUAAAUCGCUUGGUUAGUAUGUUUACUUUGCUGUUUUGAAAAGAAAUAAGUUACCUACAACAGCGAAAGUAGAAAAAGGCAAAGCUUGUAUUUUCAAAAGGCGUUUUGUGGUACAAGCUGUGUAGCUUGUUUAGCAGGCCAUUUCGGGUGGAAAAUUGUUCAGUUUGAGGCGGUGAAUGCUCUGUAGAUCGUUGUCUUUAUAAUCGUCUUUAAACAAUAGAUUUUAGAAUGUGUCACAAGAGUCGUCGCCUCUUCACGAUACCAAGGAUCUUUGUUGCCUUUUAUCGUUCGUGUAGAGUUUUGUCUGAUUGGUAAAGUUGAAAAUGUUUUAUUUUCGAUUCUCGCUUCAGUGCAGUCCGCAACUGAAAAUGGUGGAACCGUCAAUUGGUUUCUAAUGUGGUUUCUUUGGUGUCAUUCAGAUAAUACACAGAAUUUAUUCAAGCGGAAACCGCAAGUACUCAACUUUGGUGAUUCCUAAAAUCUCAGUGACGAAAGCGAUCUUCUGGAGAGUGUCAGAGUUUAUGGAGUUGACUUGACUGUGGAUCCUCAGUAUUAACAGUUUUGCAGGUAAAUAGAUUUGCGUAUUGGCAGAUUUAAAAUUUCCUGUCGCGCGAGCGUGUCUAUUGUGAAGGUUAAUUGUCUGAAUAAAUUACGAAUUACAUUAAAAGGUGUUAUGAGAGAGGUGUUGAAAGAUGCGUACAGCGCUCAGCAGCAGAGGGAAGGCGAGUUGUUGAACUGCAAUCUUCCUAGUCUUUUUCUUAUCGUGUAGACAUUCGUUUUGUUACAGAUCAACUCGGCCAGGGGGAACACAGAUUGUAUUGGUACUCGCCACGGCAAGCAAGACAGUUUAUUCAGCGGUCGUCCGGGUGAACCAAGAUCUACUUCACCAGACAAGCACUUUUAAAAAUACCGGUGACAAAUGGCUAUGGGUGGGAAGGGUGAAAGUUCUUCGGAGUGCAAAAGCGUGACAAGUUCUGGCCGUGCACUGUCUCAAGACGAAAAGCGUGCAGAGUUCAAAGGAAGAAAACAGAGCGGUGGGAAAUCGGCAAACGUCGAGAAAAAACCUGAUGGAACCGACUCAACAAAGCUGACAUAUACUUCCGAAGAAGAUAUUUACUACGAACCCGGCGGUAGGUGAAACUGUUCAUAGACUCUUUGAAAUGUCAAAUACCGUUCGUUUUCAAGACGAUAUAGAUUGUUUGUGCUAUUAGAAUAAUUACCUGUAAUUAAUAUAACACACGAAACGAAAGAAAAACGAAUGCUUUGAACUCUGAAAUCGAAUAGUUAAUAUUUUGGCGCAAAGAAUUUCGAACGCUUGAACUUUUAGAAACUGAAACGCGAGGAAAAUGCGUGAUCGUCUGUCUCGUUUUUGUUUUUUGUUCAUAUUAAAGUUAUAUCGAUUCUGUGGUCUGACGCGAACAAUGUUCUUUCAGCUAAACAAUGUGGUCUCUGGUUCGUGUAAAUUGUAAAUUUGCAUUUCACAUGUUUACUUUAUGUCGUUAAAGUCAUUAUUCAAACGAAUAUUUUACACAAAAUAAAGUUCUAUUUUCCCCGAGGGAUGCCCAGAUUAUUACCAACAAGCGAAGUAAAAAGACUGAAAAUUCUUCCGCUCAAUUUGCGGUAUUUUUGGCGUAAUGCUUGCAAAACGGCGGGGAGCAAACAGAACACAACAUCAAAACAAAUACACGACGUGGGUAUCUUAACUUGACGAGUUGUGUAUUUCAUGUGCCAUACGCCUUAGAAUAAUCCAAUUAAUCCGCUUUCCUUUGACAGAUUGCGUGUAUAUUGAUAGCCAAAGACCUGAUGUUCCCUACUUUAUUUGCGCCAUCAAGGAAUUUCGCAUGGUACGUCUAUUGAAGAAAUUUGAUAUUAUCGUUAGCUUUUUCUUUUGCCAUGUUUUGUUUUGCCUGUGCAUACAGUUUUCGGGUGGCUUAUUUUUUAUUUGUUCUCUGGCUUAAAUACCCUAUAUUUUGACACUCCCUGACGAGAUAAAAAUUAUCGUUGGUAAAAUGUUUCGAUUUCUUCUUGUAUUUUUUGUCAAGGCAUUGAUCGAAAGGAGAUGUUUUUUCUUUUUGUGUACAGUGAAAUUUACAGUUUUUCCUCUUAAUAUUUUACAGUUAAGUUGUUAUGAAUACGAUCAUAAAACCUAACAUUCAAGGUAUUCGAGCCUAUGAAUUUCAAUUAUUUUCCACGAAACAAACUUGAUUUAAAGAAAUGUGUUAUCACAAAGGUCUUAUCCAUCAUAAAAAAAUAUAUUUUGCUUGGCAUUUGUCAUGUUACAAGGACACGCUUUUAAAACUUAGUUUUCUAUUUAUUUUUAAAAGCCCACAGCUGUCACUUUAUUUUGAUUUUAUUAACGUAAUUUAUGUUCCAAAACGUUUAUGUAAAAAAAGAAAUAAAGUUUGUGGCUUUGUGACUCAAAAAUAAGCAGAUUUUAAAUUAAAAUGAAGAAAUUCCAAUUUUUUAAUUUAGUUAGCAAAUCUCCUCAUCUUGCUGUGAGCUCUCUUAUCACGCAGAAACAUAAACAUACUUGUCAAUAAACUUUGAUCUAUGGAAACACAUAACUCUCCUUAAUAUGUAAAUAUCUGGUGCAGAGAAUAAAAUGUUCCAGGAAAUGAUGUACACAAUUUAGGAUUUACAAGUAAGGCUUUUUGGAAAAACAAAGUAUGAAAAAAAUCUAAUACUACUUACUUAUACCUUGUCAUGUUUUCUGCUUUUUUAAAUACUUUUUUGUAAGUCUUUUAUAUUUUAAAAUAUAUGUAGAACAAACAGGUACAUAUUUUUCUUUGUAAUGUUAUGUGCACAGUUAAUGAUACAAAAUUAUGUUUUUAAACAGCAUUAAGAAGAAAUUCUCCUGUUAAAAUUUGAUGUUGUACUUUAGUAUGUAUGAUUAAUAUAUUAUACCUUUUAAGAUGGGUUUAUGGUUAUUACAUAGCUACAAGAAUGGCAUCACUUUCACAUUAAUCUUCAAAAAUUUCUGAUUAUUGAUUCUCGCCGAAUUUAAGGGAUAUUUUAGUUGGAUAUUGCCUAUGUUUUGAUAACCUUUUUCUUCAAGUUUUGUGUGAUUGCUUGCAGAGUAAACGCGAUUCACUGGUAGUGGUUGUGAGGUGGUAUUACCGUCCAUCAGAAGUUCCUGAGUCAGUUUAUCAACUACUUGUUCAGGACAGGAAUGCAGAAAAUGGUGUGUUGCCUUAUAUUUUAAACAGCACAAAUAUCCUAAUAACUUUUUGUUUAUCCUUUUUCCACAGGUAGACACUGAAACUUGACCUUCAUGUUUAUACAACCCAAAUUUUCAAACAAUUUCCAUAUUUCUAUGUUUGAAAUGUAGGGCUGUCAUUAGCAGCCAGUAGCUGGCUUUCAUACAUCAACAGUUGUUAGUUGUUAGUGGUUGUUAGCUUAUUAAUUUUGUUAGCUUAUUAAUUUGUGAAAUGUGACGAAAUAACAUUGUAGCUUUUGCUUUGUGCUGCCAUAGAAACAAAAACAGCUGAAAAGUUGAUCUGUUUUCUCUUAGGAUCUGGCGAUCACAUUUUGGAGGAUGUCGCAGUAAAGGAGCGGGAAUUGUUUAUUUCUGAUGCAACAGACGUGUAUCCAGCCUCUGCCUUAAGGUGAGGUGGUAUUUUACAUGCCAAGACUCUGCUUAACCAGAUGGAUUGGCUGAAAUUUGUUUUGUGGACAGCUUUAUUGAUGAAGUAGAUGGCUGAUUUUGACAUCUUUGACUCAAGUGUCAGAUAAGCUACCCAGCAAUGUAGCCAAUAAAAAAAUAUGCUUAAUGGUGGUGAUUUUCACAUGCUGCCAGCUAUUUUUGACAGUCCUGUCAACAAGCAUCUGGUUGUCCCUAGCAAUGUACUACUGACUAUCAGUUUGGGCAACAAGACAGUCAACGUAUGAGAUCUUCAAUGAAUUUAGGGUUUUAUGGCCCUCCACAGAUUUUACUACGGCACAGCGUUACACAUAGAUGUGUAGCUCAGCAUAGCUUUAUACUCAUCAAAUAAAUUUAUUGGCAUUGUCUCCCUGUCUUUAUUUUUUACCCUAAAACAAAGAAGGUAUUACUUUGAUUGUAUAUUUUUAAAGAAAAGAAGUUUUUCAAGAUUGGCUGAGUUGCUAGGCAGAGGAGCAGAUCUUUGAUUGUAGCAUUCAAAACAGACAAAAUUUUUUCCUUAUUGUAUUAUUAGUAUGUCUAGGCCAAACAAUUCUAUAUGUGGAAAAAGAUUUUCCUUCCAGAAAUGAAACCUUCAAAAUAAAAUGAAUGAAAAAUCUGCAAAAAUUUACAUAACACUGUACAUGAAGUCUUUGUAAAUUCAGUGUGGGCUUGAGUUUUCUUAGGUCUUGAAUGCUUGCAUGUGGAAUAAAGUUGGUUGUGAUACUAGCCCCUAUUGGUGUAUACUUUGUACAGUGUACCAACUAGGCUUAAUUAUUCUCAGGUUAGGCCACUAUUCAACCUAUUAGGAUAAGUUUAGUUUUCUGACGUGAUCAACCCUGGUAACUUAGGUUGAAUAGUUUUUUAAAAUGAGACAGGAUUUUAACUGUAAUGUAUAAAGGUUUUUUCUCUGAUGUUGCCAAAUUAUUGUUUAAUAGUGACCUAAAAGUUAGAUAUAAUGUAAAUUGAAUUUAGACUUCUUUGUGUUUUAGGGGAAAGUGCAAAGUGAAGCCAUUUGUGGAAAUUGACUCAGUGAAGGGAUACAUACAGAAAGAUGACGCAUUCUUUUAUGUACUUGGUUACAAUCCAGAGACAAGGUAUUGUGUGGAUGAAAAUGGGUGCUUGCUCAGUUUGAAGUAACAUGCUAAAAUAUGACUUUUUAAAGUGGAAUUAAUAUGAAUGGUCAUGCUUUAACAUUCCAUUUACUGUGCAGCUUACACCUUAUUUUAAGUAUUAUAACCAUUGGAAAGUAUUGCCCAGCAUUCUUUAGAGCCUCUGUAUGGAUAUUUGGAGAUGAAGUUGAAGUUGCAACAAUCACUAUUGAUGCAGUGAUCAUUGAUCAAAUUGCCAUUCCAAUCAAGUUUGACAAUGUCAGUUGUGCAAUGACAGCAUAGAAAUCUUCACAUUCAGAGUUUUUGUUUUGCUUACUAAACCUGUUGCUUUUUUAAACUUUCUUGUUUCAUCAUUGUUGUGGUUGCACUGAGCUCACUAGUAGCAGUACCGUGCAAAACAAUUCUUGAUAUGCGAUGAUUUUUUCUGAAAAAUGGAUGAUUUGACAGAAAACGCACAAUAAAAUCAGCAUGUGUAGGUGCCCAUACAGAGGUUCUUUAUUUCAUUCGUCACACUUAAGGAAGUUUUUUUGCAAAGACUCAAAAGCUAGAAUGACUUUGUACAACACAGUAAACUGUAUAACAGCGGUUUUCACGUGAAUGGAUUGACUCCCCUUAGAAUCUCAUCCACACCCAUAAGCUACGUUCCCAUCCCCAGAGCUGUGAUCUGUUUGGCCAGUGCUAAACAUCAUCAUCAUCAUGACCUGUUGGUGAUUGCUUCAAUUUUUGCUGAUUAAUUUUUUUUCAGACGCUUGGCAAAUACCAAGGGUGAAAUAAGAGUUGGAGUAAGCCAUCAGGUAAUUGAAUCAAAACAAGCUUCUCUUUUUUAAUCAUUUACAUCUUAGUGGAGGUGUGUGUGGCCGAGUGGUUAACACCUCGAACUCCGGAUCUGGAGGUCCAGGGUUGAAACCUCGCCCGUUGCAUUGUUUUGUUAGACAAGGAACUUUACCCCACUUUGUCUCUCUUCACCCAGGUGUAUUUAUAAAUGGGUACGGGCGACAUACUGCUGGGAGGUAACCCUGCUAUGGACUAGCAUCCUGUCCAGGGGGGAGUAGCAGUACUCCUAGGUGCUUCGUGCUAAUGAAACCGGGAUAAGCUCCGGCCGUUUGGGCCUUUGGCUCGUGUAUGCCUUUACCUUACCUUUUACAUCUUUUAAACUGUUUUGAAUUAUCACGCCAUGGGAUGUCUUCCACAGACUUAAAAGUUAAAACCAUCUUACAACACUCAUCAUUCACUCUGUUAGAAAAAGGGUUAAUGUUUCACUAAAAUUGUUUCGUCAUUUUGCAGGCUUCACUACCAGAAUGUUGUCCAUAUCCUAUAAAUGGAGCAGCAGAAGAAGAACCUAAAGAGGAACUGGUAAGAAAGCAUAGGCAGACCUUCCAACACUCAGGGUUUUGGGGAGUAAACUCAUGGUCUCACAAUUAAGCCUCCAGAUUGUCCUAAGCCAUUCCCUUUGGAGGGGGAGGUUUGUUGAAAUUCAGGUGGGUGGGGGUAUAGUGAAAAGGAGAGAGUCUCCAUUUUUUAGAUCUCAGAAGAUCUUAAAGUUGCCAGACAAUUCUGGUAGGAAUUGCAUAAUUUUUAAGAAACCUUCGUGAUAACAGAUGAAUAAUAAUGUGUCAAUCUAACUAUGGGGAGAAUCUGAGUCCAAUUCCAACUUGAUUCCCAUAAAACAUAGUUUUGCUAAGGUCCAUAGGAAAUCCUUAUAGCAUACUCACCAGGCUACUCACGUUCCUAUUGGCCUGGAUAGUGAAACAGAAUCUUCUCAUCACAAAAGAGCAACAAGAGAGUACUACAGAGACCACUAACAGGGUAAAGAAUGGCAUGGCAAAAAUAUUAUGACUUUUUGGUUUAUUUGACAAAUGUUUUGGAAAUCUCCAGUUCUGAGGUCUCAAUCUCCAUGUUUUUGGUAUAUUUGCACGGUUUAAGUGUUGGAAGAUAUACAUAACCAUAACCAAACAAAUGAUAUUAAGGCAUGUUGGAGGAUAUUAUAUUUUAAUGCCAGACAAUAGAACUAUGCAAUUGAAUCAGUGACUGUAUACAACAACAAAAUUUCUUGUCUGGAGAUAAUUUUGUUCUGUUUUUCUUCCUUAUUAUUAUUAUUAUUAUUAUUAUUAUUAUUAUUAUUAUUAUUAUUAUUAUUAUUAAACUAUCAAUUAUUUGACUUAUUUGUUAUUAUUAUUAUUUAUUUUGUCAGGUUUGGAAUCCAUGCUUAGAAGACUAUGAACUGAUGAUGUACUUGCGUGCAGCUAGGUGAGUUAAAUAAUAUUAUAUAUGUUUUUGUUUUUUCUCUUGUUUUAAGCUUCAUGUCUGUUAUAUAAAAAACAAUGUAGAAUUUAAUAGUUUUAUGAAUUUGUCCAUUUGUAGGAGCAUGGCACAGUAUGCCGGCAUGUGUAAUGGUGGAUCGCCAGAAGAUGGCUACAGAGCGGUUUCCCAAGAUGCAACCACAAGUAAUGCAAUAUAUGUGGUAAGUAAAAACUUAUCCCUGCCAGAAAGGGGAAAAAUGCUUACGUGGUUAGAUCUUAGUGCUUUAGAGGUGAUUAGAAAAUAUGACCAUGGGCCAUUAAGUUUAAAAUGGUUGGACAUGAAAGGGUUUUUUUAGUCAAGAAAGAUGGCCAUGAAAAGAGCAACUGAUAAUUUUUGUAUUUUUUUCCUUCUCAGCUUCAUCAGAACAAUUAUGAUGCAGCCAAGGCUCUGCAAGCUCUGGUUAAGAAACCCUAUCCUAAAGAACUUGACAAGAAAUGGUCUGAUGAUGAAAUGGUAAUGUGAACAGUCUGUCUUAUUUUUUUUUCUUAUUGUACAUUGUACUCACAGUCUGUACACUCAUUUGCUAAGAGCGUACAGUUAAUAUUGAAAAUCAGUGCAACCUACAGAUUAGUCAGUUAGAUGAAUCUGUUAGCAGAUAACUGACUAAUCUGUAGGUUAUGUGCACAAUGCCUAAUUUCCUAGAGCAACAGUGUGUUUGUUGCUGUUAAAACAAUUUAUUUUUUUAUUUGGGUUUUAUGAUAACUGCGAUAAUCAAGGUCGAGGUUAGUGGUAUUAGCCACUUGACUCCUCAUCCAAUAUUUUUUAUUGUUAUAGCACAGUUACAGACAGAAAGAUUAUGCAAGGAAUACCUUUAGGAUGUAGAUAUGGGUGUGGCUCCAACACUUCUGGCCCCAGUUGUUCAAAAGAAGGAUAGUGUUAUCGGCCGGAUAAAUUGCUCUCCAGUGAGCAAGUAUUAGGACAGCCAAUUGCGUUAUCCGAUGGAUAGUACUAGUCACCUUUUGAUUGGGGCCUGCUCUUUUCUGUAUGAUUCAGCCCAAGAAUAGAAUUGGAUUAAGAGAUUCAAACACUUUAAUUUAGAUUGGCUCACUCGUGUUUGCUGCAGUAUUCUUGUGUAGCAUUUACUAUGACAGGGUUGUCUCUUAAUAAUAAUAAUUCUUUCUAUUUUUUGUCCUUUAGAAAAAAUUUGUCAAGGGACUUAGACAGUACGGAAAGAAUUUUUACAAAAUAAAGAAGGAACUUCUUCCUCACAAAGAAACGGUAAAAAUACAACUUGUUAUAUUUUCCUUUUCUGUUGAAGCAUAGAUUGAAGUGCUUAGUUUUGCUUAGACGUAAUAGAGCGACAUCAUGGACGUUUUACUUUUUGUUUAAGUUAUAAUAAUGUUUGUGAUAAUGUUUUUUUUAAAAUUCUCUUUCCUGUUUAUAGGGAGACCUAGUAGAAUAUUACUACAUCUGGAAAAAGACGCCCACGGCUCUAAGUUCUCGACCACACAGACGCCGUAGACACAAUGUUCUGCGACGCAAAGCGCUCCCCAGGUCGUCCAAGAACAUUGUUAGUGAGUUCGGUAAGUGGGAAUAUUACUCUAUCUUUUCUUUGUUUUCUCGGACCACCUGCAGCAACCAUGAAUAAGUGUCACAGGAAGAUGCAAAUUAUAGUUCCUUUUUUUUUUGUUAAUUGUUUCCUUUCGAAGCGGGUGGAUUCAGGGUGAGACGAAGAUGAGGUUUUGCGUCAGUUAAUCUUUAUUCCCUAGACGGGCUAUAUCGGUUUUUUUUUCAAAACUGAAACUUGUCUUCGCAAAAAUUCCGGGGGGCGGGGUACUUUCUUAUAAGAGGCUUAUGGGGAUGUGCCGCUGGAUGAGGUCACAUUUUCACGAAAAAUACAAAAAAUCGUCCUGUGUAACAUCGCCUUUAAUUCUGCUUUCACAGAGCUACCAACGAACUAUGGAUUUUUUUUGUCGUCAGUUUGCGUUAAGACCACUGUAGACCUGCAAAAUGCUCUCCUAGCUUCAGGCGCGCCGUGGAUUGUGCAUUAACUUAUACAAGCUUUUUUUUGCAGUUGAUCUAAGCUCUUGCAGUGAAGAUGAUUACGACAGUGACGAUAGCGAGCGAGAUUUGAGGUUGGUUUCUUUCAUGUUUUCUUGGGGGGUUGGGGGUGAGGGUGAUUUUGCGCGUUGCAGAAUUAUCGACGUUCUGUUGUGAGAAGUCCGCUAAUUUCAACGUUUCGUUUUCUUCAGGUUGUACUGUUGCCGCCAUUGUUAUUCCACUGACUCUCGCAGCUGGCAUCACGGAAGCCAAAACAAAGUUAUUUUAUGCGAUGACUGUCGGAUUUAUUACAAGAAAUAUGGCAAACUGCCGGCGACAGACGAGUCUCGCGAACCUCCUCCCUACAUGUUUAAGGUUGUGGUUGAGAGUCAGCUCAGAGACGAAGAAGGGUACUUAGUGAAUGGAAAGCUUGCCUUGCGAAGCCGAAGGGCUAUUCCUCCAGUCCAAACUACGUUACGAUCGGGAAGAAACAAAACUGCUAGCCCAGUCGAAGGUAUUUCAGUUUGCCUGUUUCAAACGCAGACCUACUUAAAUUUUGUUUUUCACUACAGCACUUAAACUAAACAGUUUAACGAUCUUCAGUGUAAGCAAGUAAUAACAUUAGGAACUCAUAUUAGGUUUACCUAGAAAAUGAAAAAAAAAGGUCGACAAAUUGUUCUUUUUCGAAGUAAAUUAGGCUUUGGUGAAUAAAUAUUCUUCCUCUUUACAGAAUUUUCAGAAUCUUUAAUUAAAGCAAUUUCUUUUUAGGCGCGACGAGUGAAUCUUCGGGAAGCAACCGAAGAUUGGCGAAGAUUAACAAGGCUCCAUCGCCGUCAAGUGGGAGUUCCUCGAGUACUGGAAGCAGUGAAGGGAAGGAAAAAUUGAAAAAGGUAUCAUGUUAGAAUGCUUCAAAACUAAAUCUCAAUCAGAAAUUGUCUUGGAGGGUUAUUGUGCUUACCCUGACUAAAUUGAAAGUUCUUAGUUGACAACGUGAAAGUUCAAACGCACGGGUAAAGCGUGUUAACCAAUCAAAUUAAACCAUACCUCGUAGCCAAUAAGAAAUAGUCAGGACGAAGAUGCAAAAGCGCGCAAAUUACCUAAAGCGCGGGAAAAAAUAUCAAAGGCCACUCUUGACUCUUGUCAUGUUCAUUUUGCCCUUAGGAGGGCUGAGUGAGGAGACAUUAAGAGUAGGUACUUUUAAAUUAAGACAUCAUAAAUCUCGAUACUAAUCGAGGCCUGUUUUACUAGGGCAAGUUGAAGAAAGGAAAGAAGCGCCGACGUGAUCAGUCGCUGGAGAAUCAAACGGGAGAUAAGCGUAAGAAAACACGAUCUCAGGAUUCUGACGAGGAUGCCAAUGAUAAUGCUAGUGACACAAGUAGCACCACCGGGGGUAGGGACAGUGUGGUUCCUGAUCACGACGCCAGUAGUGUGUGUAGUAAUAGUAGCAACAAUAAUGACGACGCAGCUAGUAACCGCUCCUGUUCACCGGCCGGGAAUAGACUCGAGGCGCCUGGGCCCGUGGUACUUCCAAAUAACUUCAAACGUGUGAUUUGUGGCGAAGAGGGCCGAAGCUGUGUUCGCACUGAUGUCAUCUUCGUUCAUCCCCGACCCGAGAAGCCGAAGAAGGAGCCGACGUGUUCUCGGGAAACGUCCGUUUCCAAGGAGUCACCCUCAAAGGCUGAGGUAUGUAAAUUCGGGCUUGUUAGUAUACUUUCUUGAGGAAACUAGCCUUCAAUGUGGAUAUCCUUAUGGCUCGUCACGCAAUUUUCCCGAGUUACUGCGUGACGAGCCAGAAGUACGUCUUCUUGGGAGUUUGGGAGGAGACAUUUCUCGAAUAUUGCUGCUUAAGGCCUUCAAUAGAAAUCUGACCACAGGAUGAUAGUGGAACCCCAACUUUUCGAACCUCCUGGCAAAGUGUAGUUCCCUAGAUAGCCAUUCUUUGUGCUUUCACGUAAUGCUCCUCUGCUUUGUGUCACGACACAAAGAACUGCUUCGUAAACUACGAUUUUACAGUAUUGUGUGAAAAAGACAGUACUGCUCAGUAACUGUAACAAACAACAGUAACAAUAGUUUUCAAUAACUUUCUUGGUUUUCUUAUUGUACAGUAUAUGAACCUCUUCUAUCUUUAUCUCUGGGGCAAUGGUCAAAUUAAAUCAAAACAUGAUCUCGAACUUAUUCACUAAAGACGCUUGUUUUCUCAUUUCGUAGGGUAACGAGUCUUCGUCAUCGGAUGCUAAAAUACGCUCCAGUACAAGCCAAUCACCGUCCCACACUCCAGCUACGAUUACAUCGCAUUACGAGUCAUUACGUAACAUGAUGGCAGGAGGUCAAUACCAUUUGUACCCGCCCAAUGUCCCACCGGGUUUGUCACCCCAAGGAAUUCCGAUUCCCGCAUUUUCGCAUCAAGGUGUCGGGAUGGAUUACAGGAUGCUUCCAUUUUCGAUGUUCCCUGGGGGAGGAGUCAUCCCCGGUGGGGAAUCAUCGCGGGAAAAUGCCGCAAAAUAUGCGGAAGGAUUCGAGCAGUGGUAUGCGCCGUACCGCUUGGCUCAAAUGCAGUCGGCUGGCCAUCAUAUACCCGCGAUUUCUUAUCUUCAGGGACAGGGACGAGCGCUUGAAGACUCGAGAGCCCAGGCGCAUGAGGCCCUCCUGAAAGGGGGCUCAGGACGCGUUCUAGCUACUGAUCCUGUGACAGGACUUCAAUAUUAUGGACCUCAACAGCACUCGCAUUCUCAUCUUCACACUCAUUUUCACAUUCACCCUGAGCAACAACACCUUCAAAACCUACAGGCUGCUGCUAACAUGUCAGCCAUUGACCAAGCGUAUCUUCAACAUCCGGGACUCAGCACAUGGAGAAAUCAUCCAUCUCUAUGGCAACACCCAGAACUAUUACAUCUCCAUGGUAACGGCGCGCGCGGCAUUUUUCCCGAGGAACUUGCCCAUCUCCCGGUUCACGGGCUCGGGUCAACGCCUCUAGACCGGCAAUUACAACAGCAGCUCAUAAUGAGUCAACAAAGCAAAUACUAUCCUCAACACAUGUUAGCCCACGAAGAGUUUAUGCGGUGUUGGAGACAUAACCGAGCGCAACAAAGACUAGAAAGCGAGAAACUUAACGAUCAUUUGAUGUCGAACUUGUUCAGGAAAGAACACAGAAACCUCCAAAGUCCAUCCCAGCUUGACAAUGUUGUUAAAAAGAGCAUGGACAGUAGCGGAGUUUACUCUUCACCGUCGAAGAAACCGCCAGUGACAAUAGACUUAUCAGAUGAUUAAGAGACUAGCUCGUUGUUCUAUUCUAGAAAACAGAGACCUUUGAAUUCUAAGACGAGGACAACUACGAGUAAGAGAUUUUCUUAAUACUAAUUACUGAGCGCGUGAACCAGAGAACGUGAUAGCCGUUGUCAUUCUAUAAUGGAACCUCGAUAUAACGAAGUGCCAAGGGACUCGCAAAAUUUUGUUCGCAUAACUAGGUUUUUUCAUUAUGUUGUACUUUUUCUGGGGUACAGAAAAUCGUUCGUUUUACCGAGGACUUCGUUAUAUAGAGGUUGGUAAUAUCGAGGUUCCUCUAUACUACGACGUUUUAGCAAGAAUGUCGUAGUAGCGGAAACAAAUUAAAAAGUGUUAAAAGGUUUAUCAUUUUGCGAUCGGGACAGGGCUUAGACAGCAGUGCUUACAUUUCUGGUGAAAAAAAGGAAAAAUGAAGCUCUCCAGAGUGUCUAUUUUUUGAGAAAAGACCUUUAACUAAAUCUCGAACUCGUAGUCGUUCUUGUCCUAAAAUCUAAAGGUCUCUUAACGUUCUUCCGUUUAGUUUAAAUUUCAGACUUAAUGAUCCUCUAAAGUAUAAAUUAAAAAGUAACUUAAAAUUCGUACUUUUGAUAUUUUGUUCGUAUCGAUUUAUUGCGUGCCUCGGUUUUCGUCGUUUUUGUGAAAUGGCGAAAAACGUUGAGUAUAUAUUUAAGAUUUAUUCCAGUAUUGACCCAAUUAAGAGGGAAAAUAAACUAUAAAGUUAUUUAAUCGUUAUAAAAUAUAAUUAUAAGUAAGUGGGAAUUUUGGAAAAUAAUGGGUGAUUUUGAUAGUAUUUUUGGUUAUUGAUAUAGCUAGAGAUCAUUUUUCAUUUGACAUUUUUUUAUGAGGACGAACGGAAAAUUUAGAGUGACGAUAAAAUGAUUGUACGUUGUUUCUAUGCGAACUUUGAAUUUAAUAGCACAACUAAAACAGAAAAGCCUGCGUUAACAAAGCACUAAAAUGUCUAUUUUAUUUAAUGCAUUCUGUUUUGUAGAAUUUGGGUAUAUGUUUUUCAUCCCCUAAUGUUAUAACGUAGUCAUCUCGAAAUAUUGCCAUUAGUCAAAGAGCCCUAUAAUUACUGUUAUAACCGAAGUUAUACCGACAGAUCCUUUUUGGUAUGCAUGAUUUCAAAGUUUCAAACCAUUAAAAUUUGUAGGCUUUCAACAAGAAAUCUACUAGCAGUUUUCUUUCAGAUGACAAAAUUCAGAGUUUCACCCAUUGUGGAAGAAUGUAAGCUAAUAGAUGACAUAUAGCACCAUUCUUAGUUCAUUCUGUUGUACAUAAGACUUCUUCGAUUCAUUAUUCUGAAAAUGGACUCCAGUAAUUCGCCAUGACGCUAUCGAUUCUCCCAUUUGGAGAAGUCCUCUUGUAGAAAACAUCGAGGAGAAUUGACUUUUUCACAUAAAGGUUUGUAGAGUUGCCAAGAUUCUAGUAGACUGAUUUUCCAUAUCUAUUGCAAGUACAAUAGUCAUUCUUUCUACUUCUAAUUAGUCCUAACAAGCAACAUUGGAAAAGUUAUUUGUAAAUAUAUUCUAUUUAUAACGUUCUUAUGAGAAAGAGG